GAGGGAGGGGGAGGGAGGUUGUUGAGGAAGAACCAGUGGCCCAGCUCAAGAAGGAGCCCAAGAAGACAGGAAAGGUAAAAUGGCAGGAGUGACAGGGCAACUACUAGACUAGUAACACUCAAUUGUCACAAUAGCUGCAUUGACCUGAUGUAACAUGUCUAUUAUUUGUGAUCUGGAAUCUAUUCUAUUAUAUUCUAUCCAAGGCGAAGAGGAAAAGUAGUGCCAAGAAGUCAGGGGAGCAGGGCACUGAUACGGAUGCAGGUCAUAGAUUUUCCCUCUGUAGUAUGUUGGUUCUCUAAACCUGCAUAUCAUAGAUAAAGGUCAUGUUAGAAACUGUAGUCAGUAAGAAAUGUUGCAUGGAUAGUUUUAUUCAAUAGUCCUAUUGUAGCAAUUUUAUCAAAGUAUUGUAUUAAGAGAAAAGCGUCUGACUUAUCCUGAAUUGUCCUAUAUGGUAAUAACAUAUUUAGGAUUGAGGAAUAAACACCCGGACAGAGGAUCUGUUAUUGAGCUCUUGGAGAAGAAUGCUCUUAAGGCUGCAUUCGGCCCAGGCAACAAAGAUGAGAUGGAGGACUGCUACCCAAUCCUCAUCUCAUUCAUGCGCAAUCUUACUGAUGAGCAAUGGCAAGUGAUCUAUAAAGGAUUUAAAGUGCAAGACCAUUGUCAACUUCAUUGCACAGACCACCCUGCAGAUCCUGCUGCCGGCCCUGGCCCGCAUUCUAGGGGUGACGGGCUUUUAUGACAACGCUGACUCACUCAAGAGGGGUGGCAGUGCAAGAUCCUUCACUGCCUUUGAGCAGAAAAGACUGGAGCUCAUCCAGGAAGUUAAAUAUUUGGCGAAGUAACUGUGGCGGCAGGGCUCUCCGACCAAGGUCUAGCACACCCUCUUCCAAGAGUUCCCAGACCUCACUGAAAGUCCACCUGGGAAUGCCAGAGGACAGUAUCAUCAGCAGUGUCCAGGAGCAACUGUCAAAAUCUGACCAAAUGGUGGCUGCAGGACAGCUUUCACAAAUAGAUAAAGUGGUUGGAACUAUGCUGGAGAACAUUGAGAAGAUAAGCAGCGAAUGUGGCGAGGAAUUGGUCUAUCAAGAGUCACUGCGGUCUUCCUCCUCGUUGUAGGAUUGGUGCUCUCUCCCGUGAUCUCAGUCACCAAGUCAACCUCAUAAUUUCCGAUAGCAACUUGACCCCUCUGGGACUGACAGUGGCGGCUGGAAAGAGUGCAUCUGAUACCAUCCUUUCGAAGCUGAAGAGGAAUGACAAGGUGGGGGAGCCCACAACUUACGAGCUGGUUCAGCUGUUUGUAGAGGAGUCUGUUAAGUGCCUCCUGCUUCCUAGUUUUGUGCCCUAUUCAACUUCAAUGAGUUUGGCUCAGGGGGCCAAGGUGUUGGCUAGAGUGUCUGAAGAUAGAAUUUCAUGCUCUUCUUCUUCUUCAUCAGUAUUUAGUGACAGUCAGUCUCUUUACCAAAGUUAUGGUAAGCCAGGUCAUGUACUCUGUGGAUUCUGAUGCAGAAAGUAGAGGAUCCUCUCCAACUGAAUCUCUCCAAACAUCUGAAACCACUAUAUCUGAUGUAGGAAAUCUAUUGAGUGGCAAGUCCUCCCCUCGGCUGUCUCCUUCUGGCUCCAUUAUGGCAACAAGCGAGACCUCCAAUGCAGCACAAAUCUUGAAGGCCAACAUUGAUGGAGAGGAAGUGGAUACCACCAGUCAUUCUGGUGUAGCUCAAAACAUUGUCAGGGACGAUAUGUCAACCAGCCCAGACAUGGUCAAAGAUGUCACACUUCCAACCCCAUCCUCUGAUAACUUGGGCAGUGAUGAUGACGUCACCGGCCUCAUCAGCAUGUUAGUAAUGAGAAUUCUAACAGAAAUCCAAACCCCAGCAGAAGAUUACCCAGUUGACGUCACACGCAAGUCACAAGACCUGAUCCCCAAAGUUAUGGAGGUCUUCUGUGCAUGGUCAGGCUGCUCUGAGACACAAGCCUAUCCAGAGAACUUGAGGAUUCAUAAAGUCUACAGAGUCGUCUAUAAAAAUCUGUUGGAGGAGUUUGGCUCUGAGAAAAUCCUCCAACAGGCCGUGUCGACUCAGGACUCUUCAUUUGAUAGGAUUCUUGUCAAGUCUUUGAGUGAAGCGCUUCUCCACAGAUGUAAGGAGGCAUUGAGGGCAGCCUCAAGAACAUCAGUCAAAACCACCGGGCCUAAGGCUCUUCCACUGGCUGAGGAUGUGAGGGCUAGCAGCGGGAAACUAUCUUUUCUACAAAGGCUGGUCAGGCUGACAAGCAACUUAAAGCUAUUCAAGAAGGGGAACAAGAAGGAUUCCCACCGCUCUGAAUCAGAACAAGUACAGACCACUGCUGAAGAUGGCAUGCUGCCCAGCAUAGUGCCACAUGCUGCCAUGUCUGCACUGCCAAACGAUCUCCCCGUCAGCUCCCAACAGGAGACGCCUCACAAACGUCCACUUCUCGUCAGGAUGUUUUCUGCCAUCUCCAAAGGCCUGUUCAAGCCCUUCAAACAGUCCUUAAAGACCAAGUAACUUCAGACAAUUUAUUAAACGUCAUUCAUUGCAUUAAA